UAGGUCACGGGACUGAGGUGGCUUUCCCCCAGCAGAGAGAGAGAGCGAAGGAAAGACAGACGACGGAAACGGUUAUUCCCCCCCCUCAUUCGGUCUGUGGUGGAUGUGGGUAAAAAAAAAUAUACCUAUUACCAACAAACACAACAGAACCGAGGGAAGGAUAUUUAAAAAAAAAGAUAUGGUCAAAUUCAGGCGGAUUUCAUCUUGAUGAUGCUCGUAAUUUAACCAUCGGAUGGCUGAAGAAAGACAGGGUGAGGGGAACGAUUGUUGAGGAAGGAUAAUGGAAUUAAAGCUUCAUAGCCCGGCUGGAGCGGAGGCUGCCGUUUAUACGUGGCCUCUUGCCUCGACGGAUGGCAGAGAUGGAGCUUUGGAAGUUACAGACACCAUUAGGUGGGCUUGUGAGGAUUUCCCAGAUUUGAAAGAAGUUUUGGAGAACCAAAUUCUACAGGACUAUGACUCUAAAAGUUAUGAAAGCAUGAAGAGCUUAUGUGAUCGCUAUAAUAAAGCUAUUGACAGCAUCUUGCAGUUAAAAGGAGCCCCCCGUCCCACGCAUAUGUUUUCAAGGCCAACCACGAACCUCUUGAAGCACAUUUUACAACAAUGUUAUAACCAAGCAGUCACAGAUCCUGAGAAACUUAAUCAGUAUGAACCAUUUUCACCUGAGGUUUAUGGAGAAACUUCAUUUGAACUUGUUGAUCAAAUGAUUCGCUCAAUACAGUUCACUGAAGAUGAUUACUUCAUUGACUUGGGAAGUGGUGUUGGUCAAGUUGUUCUCCAAGUAUCUGCGGCAACUCCAUGUAAAAUGUGUUAUGGAAUUGAAAAAUCAGAAUGGCCAGCAACCUAUGCCUCAAACAUGGACAAAGUUUUUGUUAAAUGGAUGAAAUGGUAUGGUAAAAAACAUGGACAAUACCAGUUGGAGAAAGGUGACUUCUUAUCUGACGAGAUGAAGGAAAAAAUAAACAAUGCAACUGUGAUAUUUGUAAAUAAUUUUGCUUUUGGACCUCAAGUUGAUCAUCAGCUGAAACUUCGAUUUGCAAAUAUGAGAGAAGGUGCUAAGAUUGUAUCAUCAAAAGCAUUUUGCCCGUUAAAUUUCCGAAUAACUGACAGAAAUCUAAGCGAUAUAGGUACCAUAAUGGAAGUAAAAGAACUCUCACCUUUAUGUGGGGCAGUUUCCUGGACUGGACGACCAUUCACCUAUUAUCAACAUACUAUCGAUAGAACACAGUCAGAAGGCUGUUGCCAUGCUGGACCACUGCUGCCGCUUGCUGCUUCAUGCUCUUGCUUGAUGAGGCUGGGGUCAUCCCAGCUGGAGAUAUAUUUCCAACGAAUUAAAAAUCCAAAACUCAGGAUACGGCCAUGUUUUGUAAGACUGGCUAUGAUCUCUGAAGGAUACAGUGCCAUUGCAGCAUGCCAGGAUGAAACCAUGAAUAGAAGAGAUAAAAAGGGCAGAACUACUACAUUAAAGGACAAUGCUGUACUCAAUGGCCAGAAUGAUGAGGUUAGAAAAUCUAGACGUCACAAAGAAAACCAGGAUGAGACCACACAGAAUCUAGAUUUCGAUAGCAAUAGCAACACAAGCACUGGCGACGAAAGCAUUGUGUAUGGUCCGACAACACGGAAACAGUGGUCAGAAUGGGUGUCAAAGCCUGCGAAACAAAAUAGAGAACAAAAUGCAGACCAGGAGAAUAUUCCAGAGGGGCAGUUCCAGGGGGAAGCUAAAAAACCAACAUGUCAUACUCGAAUAGUGAAACGGAAUCGCAGAAAGAGUAAAGCUAGCCCCAAUAAGAUGACAAAGGAAGAGGAAGGUACCAGGACCAAUGGAGAGUAUGUCCGGCGCCGAGGUGCUGUGUGUAAACCACGAGGACCCAAAGCUAGAAAUAAGAACAAAGCCUUGGCAAUUGAUGGACUCAAUUUGUUGCACAAGCAAACAAUUUUAUCAACGUCAUCAACUGCUUCCAGUGAGAAUAGUGUUAGUUGCAAUGAUCGUUCAAUGACUUCCUUUUCUGAUGCCUAUUUCAAAUCUGGUUCGCAACCUCAUACAAUAGCAGCAUUAGAAGUACCUCCAGCAAUGCAACGUUUCUUUGACAACAUCAAACAACGCUACACAGAAUUUUUAAAUUAUAUGAAAACACCGCAGUAUAAAACAACAGUUGAACGGCAAAUAGAAGAGGAGAAGAAAAGAAAAUCUACACUUGAGAAUGAAGUGCAAAAAUUAGAGAAACAAAUUGCUGGCCUUCGAAAAGCUAGUUUACAACAGCUCAAGAAUCGGCUUGGUGAAAAUGGCUUCACCACUCUUCCUUAUGCUGAAAAACAACUUGUUAGUGAAGUGUCUGUUUUGCUCAACCACAACAAACAGUUGUUAACCCGAGUGGACCAGUUGGAAGUGGAGGUUCAGGAGUUGGAGAAGAGACAUGGGGACAUUGUCUCACUGCAGCUGCAAGACUCAGCACUUGCUCAUAGUGGAACACCGACAGUUGACUCUGCCGACCACAAAGAAGAACGUGAGCAGCAAGAGAAAGUGGACGUCAAAUCUCAUCCCGUCAACGCCAUGGCUGUGGACAACAGCAACAAACCACUCGACAAAUCUGCUAAAAGCUCUAAAACAACAAAGGAAGAGGAAAAGAGCGAGAAAGAAGAGGAGGAGGAGGAAGAUGAGGAGGAGGAGGAGGAAGACGAUGACGACGAUGACAAUGAGGAACCGAUUGAGAAAACUGUGAAAAGUCAAGUGUUCAAGCCUGAGAAUGGCAAUAAAAAAUCGGUUGUGUGCAAAACGGAGGAGACUCGAACAAGACAAGAGAAUUUGUCCUCUCAGUCACAUGAUCGUAAAUCUUCAGAAGAUUCCAGGGAAAAUUCUUCAUCAUCUUUGUCAUCGUCACAUUCUUCAUAUAAACAAAAUGGGAACCGUGAGCCAGUUACUAUUUCAGUCUCAAAGUCAUCUUACAAAUCAAAUUCUCAUCAUUCACCUGACUAUAAGGACAAACAUAGUAGCAGUUCCCAUAAAAGCUCAAGUGAGUCGAAAGAGAAGAAAGCCGUUUCCAGUGCCAAUCGCAUCCGAAAUGGUGUGGUGAGUGACGCCGUGAAACACAGUAGUCAAGUAAUGUCCAGCAAGAGUAGUUUCUCAGAACAUAAGGUUGCCUUCACUAAUGCAAAAUCUCCAUUGAAACUUCGCAUAACCAGCAAAUGUUUGGACAGUAGUGGAGACAAGAUCGGACCACCUACGUACGUUAUCACACCUGUGUCUGAAUCUCACCAUCGACAUUCUCCUGUUAGCCGUCCUAGCAGUCGUAGCAGUUCAGAGUCUGCCAGCACCAACAGUGAUGAAACUCAUCAGAAUCCUUGCACACUUAAGAUCAGCUCUGCUGUGCUCAACAGACAGAACAGCUCAAAGAACUCUGAGUAUACAAAACUGAAUUCUCCUCAGUCGAGUUCCACGUCGGAAUCGAGGUACAGCCCAUUCUCUGAAUAUUCGUCAGGAACAUCUAGCAAGAGUUCCAAGAGCUACUGCUGCAAAAGAUCAAUCCAGUCAAUGGGUGGAACUAAGAUUUCAAUCUUGAAGACGUCGACACGGGAGUGUGACUUUCAGGUGUCUCCUUCCUCCACGGGUGGUGCUUAUUCACACUCGACAUCAACGCGUGAGUGUGACUUCCAAGUAUCGCCUUCCUCUGCUGGUGGUGCUUACUCACACUCAACUUUGACGCGAGAGUGUGACUUUCAAGUUUCUCCAUCCUCUGCAGGCGCCGCUUACUCACAUUCACACUCUCAUUCGCACUCACACUCACACUCGAGUUCAGAGAAACGCAAGGAGAAGAAAAAGCAUUCAUCUGGUAAAUCUCAUCACAGUAGCCACAAACAUUCUCAUUUCAGUGAAUCAAAACAGUCCAGUAGUGAUAACCAGAAGAAUGAGUGUGAGCCUUUCCCCACGACCACCACCGCUGCUGUUACUCUGCCAUCAAUUACCACUCAGCCUCAUGCAGUAUCUUCAGAUUCUUCAAGUCAGUCUGCCCACAGAGACUUCAGUCCGCAUAGGUCUGGCUCUGUCAGUUCAAGUGGAGGCGGACGAAGUAAGCGCCGUAAAGAUACACAUGAGUCUCCGAAGAAGAAGUGGCAGCUGCAACAACAACUCGAGAUGGGGAAUAAUUUAGAAGCCUUGGCCAAGUAUGCCUUGUAUGAUGUGGAACGGAGUCGACAGAAGAGACGCAAGAGUCCCGACAGUGAGUUACGACGUAAACACUCAAAGAAGGAGAUCGUUCAAGUCGAUGACGACCGCAGCAAACAGAAACACAGCAAUUCUGUGGUGAGUGGCCCUCGGACACCACCUGGCACACCACCCUCAGAUGUGGCACAAGAUGCAGUCUCACCUCCUGAUUCUCCAGCAGAACCUUUGAGUAAUUCUCAUGAAUGGACUGGGUGGAAUAAUAGUCUGCUGAACACUGAGAAAGACGGUGCUAUCAACAGUGUUAAUUCAGAUCGCGACCAUCGAACAUCGUCAGAACACAAAUCUAGUCCAGCUUCCAUUAGUGACAGUGUGGACCAGUCAAAAUCAAACGCUGCCAUUAACGAACCAGUUAACAACAGCACUGACUCUCUACAUUCUCAGCAUUUCUCCUCGGUUUCUGCACUUCACAACACAUCUUAUUCCAUGGAUGCUGAUAAAUCUUCUGAGAAACACUUUAAGAAGCGCUAUUUCUCCAAGACCAAACAGUGGAAUCAGCAAAGCAGCAGCAGUAGCAGCAGCAGCAGCAGCAGCAGCAGCAAGAGUAAACGGCUGCACAAGCAUUGGGAAAAUGACUUCUCCUCAUCACAUGGCAACAGUAGUGAACCAGAUAGCUACAAAAGUCAGAGUUUUGAAAUUGUUAAUCGAGGUGAUUUAAGUGGUGGUAAAGUGAUUCUUAACCGCCUCAUGACACAGAACAAUGAUCAUGUCUAUAGAAUCUCGGACUCCCAUUCCUUAGAGCAACGAAACACAAACAGCCUACACAGUAAGCAUCACAGUAAAUCAUCAUUUACCGGCGCCGAAUCUUCUCAGGGAGAUGGAAUUCCAAGUGCUGGUUCCAGCAAAACUUCCAGACUUUCUACUAAUCAAAGCAAGACUUGUGGCAACAGGAACUAUUGAAGACACCCUUUUUAGGGAGUUUUAAAAUAAUAAUAUUAAUAAUAAUAAUAAUAAUAAUAAUAAUAAUAAAUAAUAAUAAUAAUAAUAAAUGAACAUAAAAGAAAGAA